AUGGGUGCUCUGCUGACUCAACUGAUGAAUAACCGACUUGCGGAGAGUACUGCUAUUGAGAACCUGAAGCACUUCUGUCAAACCAUUCAAGCCAUCUAUGGAGAAGCAUACCUCCGCAAGCCAACUCGUGAAGACUUGAAAAGGCUUCUACGCAAGGCAGACAAAAGAGGCUUCCCUGGCAUGAUAGGAAGUCUCGAUUGUAUGCAUUGGAAGUGGAAGAAUUGUCAUACUGGUUGGGCUGGCCAAUUCAAGGGCCGUCAUAACAAGCCAACCAUCGUGCUGGAGGUUGUGGCAUCUUACGACACAUGGAUUUGGCAUGCAUUCUUCGGCUCUCCCGGAUCAAACAACGAUAUCAACGUUCUUUGGUCUUCUCCUCUGUUCGAUGAGGUUGUGAAUGGAUGGGCACCAGAAUUUCGAUACAAGGGUUCUGAGGAUUCAUCAUCUUGA